CGGGGAAAAUCCCUGAGCUGAGGAGGCCAUUCGUCAGGCAAUUUAUUUGUUGGGGAAUUAUGGACAGGCCUCCGCUAUAUAGCCCACCGGAGCAACGCCGCCUCGAUUUAGUUCUCGCUGGCCAUGACUCACUAUCGGUUCGGUUGGAUGUGGUGGCUGCCAGUGCUGCUGCAGUGCCUCUGCAUCGGUGCUCAAACCUGGAGCUUUGGUCCUGUCCAGUCGGAUGCCGGUCAGACAGGACAGCAGGUGCCGCAGGUGCCCAGCGACGUGGGCAGCACCGCGAACCACACGAUACUCACCAGGCAGCUGAUCGUGGGCACCUUGGUACCGCCCCAAGUGCCACCGGGAACGUGGCCCCCGGUGCCUUCUAUUGUUAACCCGGGCACAUCCAGUUACUGUCAGUGUGUCCCUCCUGGAUCCUGUGCCAAUCCCAUACCUACAGUUCCCAGCGAUGGAAGUGGUCAAAUCGACAUUAGGAUCGUCAAUACGGGAGCGUAUCCCUCACUUCCAAGCACUACAGCCCCAUUGACCUGCAGCUACGGCCUCGUGGCCUGCUGCCAGGCGGGAAGCUAUCAGUGCGGCCGCAGAUUCCCGCCGCCACCAGGCUCAGCCUCUGCUGGAGCAGGACAGGCCAGCUUCGGAGCCUAUCCUUGGCAGGCGGCGCUUCUCACCACGGCGGAUGUCUAUCUGGGCGGAGGAGCUCUGAUCACCGCCCAGCACGUCCUGACCGCCGCCCACAAGGUGUACAACCUGGCUCUCACUUCCUUUAAGGUUCGUGUGGGGGAAUGGGAUGCCAGUAGCACCAAUGAGCCGAUUCCCGCCCAGGAUGUGUACGUAUCGAAUGUGUACGUGAAUCCCUCGUUCAAUCCCAACAACCUACAGAACGACGUGGCCAUUCUGAAGCUGUCCACACCUGUCUCACUUACCAGCAAGUCCACGGUGGGCACCGUCUGCCUGCCAACAACUAGUUUCGUGGGUCAGCGCUGCUGGGUGGCCGGCUGGGGCAAGAACGACUUUGGACCCACUGGCGCCUACCAGGCCAUUAUGCGCCAGGUUGACGUUCCGCUGAUUCCCAACGCCAAUUGCCAGGCCGCCCUGCAGGCCACGCGCCUGGGCGCCUCCUUCGUCCUCAGCCCCACCAGCUUUAUAUGCGCGGGCGGUGAGGCUGGCAAGGAUGCCUGCACGGGAGACGGUGGCUCCCCGCUGGUCUGCACCAGCAAUGGGGUAUGGUACGUGGUGGGUCUGGUGGCCUGGGGCAUUGGCUGUGCCCAGGCGGGAGUUCCCGGGGUCUAUGUGAAUGUGGGUACCUAUCUGCCUUGGAUUCAGACCACGCUGACCUUGUAAGUCGCAGACUAU